GUUAAAUCCAACUUAGUAUCAAACAUUUACAUGAUACACUCUAAAACUCCAUUCGCGUUAUAGAUGCUAAAGUUGUGUUUUGAAAAUGAGUUUUCAGCAAAGAUCUCCGUUUCCACAGCAAGCCGGAUAUGGACAGAAUAGUAGCAGUUCAAAACAGUCAAGUCCACAAAGCAAUUUACAGGGGUGGGGUACACCUGCAAGGGGUUAUUCUCCGAACCCCAGUCCGCGGGCCGACAGACAAUUUCAAUCGCCAGGUUCUGCGAAAAAUCACAGUCCUAGGCAUUUGAAUUUCAGUUCUUCGAGUUAUAAUUCUCCUCCGUUUAUGAAUUCGUCAGGGUAUUCCCACCCGUACGAUAGGUAUUCGUCCCCAGGUGAUCCGAGGUUCAAAACGCCCCAUUCUCCAAAUAUGUUCUCUCCCCCGGGUUCAAGAGGUCGAGGCGGUUACAGUGGCAGAAAGCAUAAUCAGAAUUUCCACAGAAACUUUCAUCAGAAUCCGAGACAAGACCGUAAUUGUAAUCCGGGAGGCAGUGCCAAUAUUGAAGAUUACUUCCAUCCGAGUAUGUUACACGAUCCGUGGAAAUUUAGUAGUCCCGUUCCUGUUACGCACACACCAUCGCUGACAACAUGAUGAAAAUCACCCUAAAAAAGUUCGGUUCAGGACCUAAAACAGUUUGGUUCAGGAAAAUUUAGGGGAGAGUAUCUGGUAACCUUAAAAAGACCCAAUGCUUUGCCCCUUAACCUACCGUUCACUUCAGGUAUAACAUACAUGUGCUCAUUCACUUUCUGUAACAUGCAAAAUGUAUGCGAACUAAGGCAGCAAGUUUUCCUACCUUAUGAAUGUGGCCAUCCCAUGCAACCAUAUGGCCAACAGAUAUUCACAAUGGUAGGCGGUAAAUAGAGGCAGUAUAAGUUUACUUUGUAUGCAGAACUGUGUGAACAAACGUGAAAUGAAUAUCAAUGGUAUUGUUUAAAAAAAAAGCAUGUAUUGAUUCUCUCAAACAACACGCAGUGCUGAGAUAAAUGUGUAUAAUGUACAGAUGUGCAAUUUGUACAUAUACAUUCUUGUACAUAUACAUAUGGUAUAUACCAUAUAUACAUAUGGAUUUUAUAGACAAAUAUUCAUGCCAUGAUAAAUUGUGAAGGUCUGAAAUUAAUGGAUAUUUCAGACUAGUGUUGUAUUAAAUAGACUAAGGAUUCGGGAGCGAUUAGAAAAAGGAUUUUUUCCGAAAAAUGAAAUUUCUCCAGGGAUGUAUUGGCAGCUUUGCAAAUUCGACACAGAAAUUGAAAAAAAAA